AUGAGAGAAAGAAUAGCAAGCAGAGAAAAAAAUAUAAAGAUUUCUGAUUCUGGAAAACGCUUUAGCUAUGUUGUAGUGAAUGACGACCCUCGUUAUAAAAAAGAUGGUUCAAAAUCAACAAGAAAGGGUGAUUAUAAGGAGUUUUCAGAAAUUGCAAAAGAGUUUAAUAUGAAGAUAAAUAUCGGUCACUAUUUAGAACAAACAGUAGGAAUGUGUGCACAUUUUAUCAAUGAAGACAAUAUGUUCCUACUACUCUUAUCAGAUAAAAUAAUGCAGAUUAAAGAUUCGGAUAUAAGGGAAAAGUGGAUUGAUAAAUAUUUCCAGAAAAAGGCAAAAAAUUGGCUUAUAAAAUAUAUCAAGAGUUUUCAAUAA